AACUUAUUGAACGUGACCCUUUGUCGUGCGGUUUCAACCUCGGCUUGAGUCGUGUUCAAUAAUGGCUGCCUUUAUCAAGUUAGCAGCAUUCGCAGUGUGUUUAUGUUCUCUGUAUCGCUGUAUAUCGGGUCAAACCUGUGCUGCAUUACCGGGAACUCCACUUGAAGGCUGUAUGUCCGCCGGAUACAACAAAUCGUUCCCACUGCCUUCCAACCUCUCCAAGCGCUCGCACACAUGGAUACGCAACAUUGUAGAGUUCGUCACUACUCGAAUGCAGAACUGUUCCGUUGCAAGCGUUUCAGAGACAAUCGCUUGUGCUGUUCUCGCACCAAAUUGUAGAGAUGGCGACCCGAAGCCUUUUCUUCCAUGCAGGAGAGUUUGCUCCGAGUUUUUGAAACGAUGUAAUAGCAGACUUCCUGAUUAUUUUGUGGAUCUUAUGAUUGGGAUGUGUUCUUUGCUUCCAAAUAGUACUGCGGAUACAGGGAUGUGUUAUGAACCACCUCAGUUUGAUAAACACUACAACGUAACAAACUUAGGUCCCUUAGAAAGAGGUUGUCAAAGACUCAUUUUUCCGUUCUGCCAAGAUCUCGGGUACACGCACUCAGUAGUGACCGAAGAACGUCAGAAAAAGCUCUUUCGAAUCUUCUAUGGUUUCAACUACACGAAUCCGCGCCCUGGCCAGCCACAGCCGACUCCUCUGCCUCGGUCGCGAAUCCAGAUAUUCCAGAACAUUUUGGCCAAUUAUUCAAGCUGCCAAUCAGAUUUGAAGAAAAUCUACUGCGCAGAGUUGAUGCCGCCGUGUUUUCCAGGAGAGGAAAUUGGGUUCUACACUGCAUGUAAAGAUGUAUGCCGGUCUAUAGUAGAGCGAUGCCCAAGUGUUUUCUCUUCUAGGAAGGCAACUGGAUUUUUGAUGUACUGCGAGCGUUUAGCGGAAGGAAACUCGACACACAAACACGGUUACUGUCAGCACAUUUCUUGGCCUCCGCCGCUUGAUUGGGCGAACUUCAGGGAAUACACUCCAAACAAGCGGCCGUCUCACCAGGCGUCACCAACGGCAGUUAUAGUAGUAUCCAUAGUGGUUCCUAUUGUUGUCGUGGGACUUGUACUGUUAGCCGUGUUUCUGUACAAGCGACGCAAACUCACUUCUCUUGGUUACUCCAGACAAGAAGACGACCGCGCUGACCUCGUCACUUAAUACCAUAAUUAGAGGCAAAGCCUUAUCGAAACAGCGCCAGCUAGAACAUAACCAGAAGCAAAGCCGUGUGAAAACAGCGCCAGCUGGAACAUAACCAGAAGCAAAGCCUCGUGAAAACAGCGAUAACGUCGCCAAGACUUGCUUGCACACCCUUACUGGUUGACCGUAAGACAAAACUACUACGAAGCGCCUCCAGGCAGGCUCUUCAAAUAAGCAGCUUUCCGC